AUGGCAGGGUGGGGAUCCUCCUGGGUGGCGGCGUGCGGGCCGUGGGGCGGCCGCGGCGCGGCGCUGGAGAGGGAGCUGUCGCGAGACGGCAGCCACUACAGCAUCUCCAGCGGCAUCCUGCCGUCGCUCGGCGCGCGGAGCAACCGCCGCGCCAAGCUCAGGCCCUUCAUCGUCUCGCCCUACGACCGCCGAUACAGAUGCUGGGAGACUUUUCUCAUAAUUCUUGUGGUAUAUUCUGCAUGGGUUUCCCCAUUUGAGUUUGGCUUCAUUCGGAAACCAACGGGCGCCCUAGCUGCAGUGGACAAUGUCGUGAAUGCGUUCUUCGCAGUGGACAUCAUCCUGACCUUCUUUGUAGCUUACUUGGAUAGAAUGACAUACUUGCUUGAAGAUGAUCCAAAAAGGAUAGCUUGGCGGUAUACUACCAGUUGGUUUGUUCUUGACGUGGCCUCCACCAUCCCAAGUGAAUUUGCUCGGAAGAUACUACCACCAAACCUCAGGUCAUAUGGUUUUUUCAACAUGCUUCGUCUAUGGCGUCUCCGUAGAGUCAGCUCUCUCUUUGCUAGAUUGGAGAAAGAUAGACAUUUCAAUUACUUCUGGGUUCGAUGUGCAAAGCUCAUAUGUGUCACGCUUUUUGCUGUCCACUGUUCGGCAUGCUUCUACUAUCUUCUCGCUGAUAGGUAUCCUGUCCCAACGGAUACGUGGAUUGGCAAUUCGAUGCCAGAUUUUCAUCAGCGGGGUUUGUGGAUACGCUAUGUAGUAUCAGUGUAUUGGUCAAUCACUACUCUUACCACUGUGGGUUAUGGUGAUUUGCACGCGGAGAACACAAGGGAGAUGAUAUUCAACAUUUUCUACAUGCUAUUCAAUCUUGGAUUGACUGCCUAUUUGAUUGGUAACAUGACCAAUCUGGUUGUCCAUGGCACCAGCCGUACUCGAAAAUAUAGAGAUACAAUUCAAGCAGCAACCAGCUUUGCACUAAGGAAUCAGUUACCAAGUCGGCUCCAAGAUCAGAUGAUCUCACAUCUUAGCUUGAAAUUCAGGACAGAUUCAGAAGGUCUUCAACAACAAGAGACCCUCGAUGCACUUCCUAAGGCUAUAAGAUCCAGCAUUUCUCAGUAUCUGUUUUUCAAUCUUGUCCAAAAGGUUUACUUGUUUGAAGGGGUGUCCAAUGACCUGAUUUUUCAACUGGUUUCUGAGAUGAAAGCUGAAUAUUUUCCACCUAGGGAAGAUGUGAUUCUGCAGAAUGAAGCACCCACAGACUUUUAUAUUUUAGUUACUGGUAGCGCGGAGUUGAUAGAGUUGCGAAAUGGCGGAGAACAGAUUGCUGGAGUGGCUAAGGCAGGAGAUGUUGUUGGAGAAAUUGGGGUUCUUUGCUAUAGGCCCCAACUAUUCACAGUUCGAACAAAAUCAUUAUGCCAGCUUUUGCGUAUGAAUCGCACUGCCUUUCUCAGCCUUGUUCAAUCCAAUGUUGCAGAUGGAACAAUAAUAAUGAACAACCUUAUGCAGUUACUAAAAGAGCAGAAAGACAACAGUGUAAUGGUGGGUGUUCUGAAGGAGAUUGAGAACAUGCUAGCACGGGGUCAUCUGGAUUUGCCAGUUACCCUCUGCUUUGCAGUAAAUAAAGGAGAUGAUUUUAUGUUACAUCAACUUUUGAAGCGUGGUUUGGAUCCAAAUGAAUCAGAUAACAAUGGGCAUACGGCACUGCAUAUAGCUGCUUCCAAAGGAGACGAACAAUGUGUCAAGCUUCUUCUAGACUACGGAGCUGAUCCAAAUGCUAGAGACUCCGAAGGAAAAGUGCCUCUAUGGGAGGCUUUAUGUGAAAAACAUAAUGCAGUGAUAGAGCUGUUAGUAGAGAGUGGUGCAGAGCUAUCAUCUGGAGACACGGCCUUGUAUGCUUGCAUCGCUGUUGAGGAAAAUGAUGCUGAGCUGCUUAAGAACAUUAUCCGUUAUGGUGGCAACAUAAACAGCUCAACGAAAGAUGGAACCACACCGCUGCAUCGUGCGGUCUGUGACGGGAAUGUUCAGAUGGUUGAGUUGUUGCUGGAACACGGAGCUGACAUCGACAAGCAGGACAACAAUGGCUGGUCAGCAAGAGAUCUAGCUGAUCAGCAAGGUCAUGAUGACAUUCAGGUUCUCUUUAAAUCACGAAAAGCACAUAGGCAGCAUGCCUCAAGUGGCAGAGUGGCACCUAUGCUAAUAGGGAGGUUCAAAAGUGAACCCUCAAUGCCAAACAUGAACCAUGAAGACGCCGAAGUUCGCAGCAAAGUUGUUCCACAGAAGCUCCUCAGAAAGAGGGUCAGUUUCCAAAAUUCUCUUUUCGGUGUCAUUUCUUCAUCCCAGGCCCGCCAGGACACUGGCCGUCUGCUCUCGAAAGGCCUUGCUGGAACAGGUGGUCCAAGUUGCCGUCACGACUCCCUCAUCAGGGUGACAAUCAGCUGCCCUGAGAAGGGGAACGCUGCAGGGAAGCUCGUGCGCCUACCACGGUCGAUGACUGAGCUUCUCGAACUAGGUGCAAAGAAGUUCGGCUUCAAGCCUGCCAAGGUCCUGACAAUUGGGGGUGCUGAGAUUGAUGAGGUGGAGCUUAUCAGAGACGGUGAUCAUAUUCUUCUCGUCAGUGAUGACUGGGUGCCAGAUGUUGCGCAAAUUAGACCAAACGAUAAGUGA